CUUUUUUUUGCUGAGUUUGUGAGUGUGUGAUAUGGGAGACAGAGGUCUGUUUAUUUCGACAUUACAAAGAGUUUUAUAAACAAUGGCACCACUGCCAUGUUGCACUGAGCCUUGCUGUUGGAAAACCACACCAGUCUCCGGCUUUGGCUGUCAGAGAUGCACCUCCCCGACUUUCGUUUGCACUCAAACAAGGCCAGUAUAAACCGCGGUGUAAAGCUUAUGCGGUAAGUGAUUUUAGAGGAAGUUGGCCAAUCAUUAACUUCUUUGGUAGUGUUAAAACGACGUCGCUGUGGAAUAGUGUUGACAUUUGACAAGCCAAAUAGACGUACGAUGAUAACCAAGGGCUGUAUUAGGAUACUGCUCCCCAGGCCUGGUGUCUCCAGACUGGUUGUCCUGUCUCUUUCCUCCUCCCUGGCUCUGCUGCUACUCUACAGCUCUUUGAAUGUUCCCCAGAGCCCCUCUGCGCUGCACCAGGUCUUCCUACAUUUCAGACAUGUCCGCUCCUACCCCCUCCUCAGACGGCCUCGCUGCUGCCUCCUCCAUCCCCCUAACUCCAAAUUUAACCCUGGACCCAGUCACCCCAGACCCAACCCCUGGUCCCUCUACCCUGAUUCCAACCACGACAUUGAAGCCAGCCCCAUCCUUCUGCUCCUAGCAAUCAAGUCCCACCCUGCCAACUCUGACCGCCGGGCUGCCAUACGAGCCACCUGGGGCAGGGAGAGGGAGUGGAGAGGCCAGGGCGUGAGGAGGGUGUUUCUACUGGGCCUGGGAAGAGACAGGGGGGAGGAGGGGGGAGACCCAGAUGUAGGGGAGGAGAGUGAGAGAUAUGGGGACAUUCUCCAGUGGGAGUUCCGAGAAUCAUUUUUCAAUGUGACUCUGAAAGAGGUUCUGUUCUGGAACUGGUUCCACCAGGAGUGUUCUACAACCGUUCUCUAUAUUCUAAAGGGGGACGAUGACGUUUACGUGGAUGUGGAGAGAGUGGUGGGGUUCCUACAGAACAGGGAGACAGGGAUGAGGAGAGAAGAAGAGGGAGAGACGGAGAUAGGGGGAGAGACAUUGAUAAGGGGAGGGAGAGGGAUGAGGAGAGGACAAAAGGGAGAGACGGAGAUAGGGAUGAGGAGGGGGACUGAGAUGAAGAGAGUGAUAGGACCAGGGGCAACGAGAGAGGGAGGAACAGAGGGAGGAACAGAGGGAGGGGCAGGGAGAGAUCGAGGAACAGAGGGAGGGGCAGGGAGAGAUCGAGGAACAGAGCGAGGAACAGGGUCUCCCCAGCCUCUCUACAUGGGACGUAUCUUUGUGGAAACCUAUCCUGUGCGUAUAUGGUGGAAUAAGUACUACGUCCCCUACUCCUUGUACCUUGGCCCCUACCCUCCCUAUGCUGGGGGUGGAGGCUACCUCCUCUCCAGAGAUGCCCUCUCUCUUCUCCUCCACGCCUCCACCAGGGUGCCUCUCUUCCCCAUCGACGAUGCCUACGUCGGCAUGGUCGCACAGGCAGCUAACCUAUCAGCCAGAAACCAUCCUGGCUUCAUGCCUGUGGAGUACUCUCCCUUCCGCCACCCCUGUCACUACCUCAACAGUAUCAUGGUCCUCCACAAGCUGCUACCCACAGACCUGCUUCAUCUCUGGAGCUUCCUCCAGACCCAGGUGCACUCCUGUAGGGACUCUGCCCAGGAUGGGCUCACCUUGGCCAGAGCGAACUCCCCUGGUUAGGAUUGGAGGGAAAGCUGAUCCUAGAUCUGUACCUAGGGCAGGGGGGGUAUCAAAUGUAUUUUGUUCUGCGGGACACAGUUGGUCUUCACUGAGGUUUGCAUUGACAAUUUGCCCAAAAUAGGUCAUCUGUUUUUGGAAUGUUCAAUGACGUUCUAGCUCAGGGGUGGGCACCUCGCCCUCCAGGGCCUGAUGGGUGUCAGUUUUGCCCCAGCUAACACACCUGACUCCAAUAAUCAGCAAAUGUAUUUUAUUUAACCUGGCAAGUCAGUUAAGAACAAAUUCUUAUUUACAAUGACGGGUCUAGGAGCAGUGGGUUAACUGCCUUGUUCAGGGACAGAACGACAGAUUUUUAUCUUGUCAGCUCGGGGAUUUGAUCUUGGAACCUUCUGGUUGCUAGUCCAACACUCUAACCACUAGGCUACCUAAUCAUGAUCAUCAGUUUCGAAUGCAAUUUGAUUCAUUAGCGUUUGCUAAGGAUGGAGAAAAAGUGUGACGCCAAUCAGGCCCUUGAGGACUGGAGUUGCCCACCCCUGAGCUAGAACGUCAGGUCUAGCAAGCUGCUGGACAGACUGAAGAGACUAUAAAUGUAGGUUCAUUAUCAUGUUUAACCCCUGACCCAGGGAAACUUGGAGUGAGAUCUUAGAUGUUUGGUCCGACGGGAUUAACAGACAGUAUAAUUUAAUGCACUGAGCAGCGUCAUGAGUAACCUCAGGGAUCUGUUACUGUGGAUUAUUUUUUAAAGAUUUUUAGUGUGAGUGUGCGUGCAUGGGCAUGUGUGAGUUGAGGUUCAAUUACUAUGAAUCAAGCUAUGAAAUUGUUUAGUCAAUUUUGCAGAGAUCAGAUGUGUAUCAGAUAUGCCAAAAAAAAUCCGAUCUGAGUCACAUCAGACUGCCUGUCUAAGCAUGGCUUUUGUAUACCUGUGUUUUAUACCGUGUGUGUUGCUCCACAGUUUACUGAUGUUUUACCUCAUGUUCUAUGUGACAGGUCUUGUGAAUUAAAAAGUGUUGUUUUUCAAAUGACACUGAAUGAAAUUCUGAUUCAGUGUAUAUGUGAUCUAAAAAUCUGAGUAAUGUUGGUAAUAAAUAAAUAAAUAAAAUCUCCAAGAGAACCUCAUGAUGUAAUGUAGGGCUGGACUAUAUGACCAAGAUAACAUUUUAUAUAUUUUUUAUUUAACCAGGUAAAUAAGAACUUGUUCUCAACUGGCCUACAACUGCGACCUGGCCAAGAUAAAGCAAAGCAGUGCGACAGAGUUAGUCAGUAACACAAUAGAAAAGAAAAAUAGAAAAACCUAUGUAGAAGAGUAGCAUCAUGUCACAAUAUGUUUCGCAUUUGACGAUAUGACGGCAUUUGACUGUAUUUGAUGACAAUAAAAGUAGUAGAUUUA